AUGCCGGUGACCUUCGAGGAUGUGGCUGUGUAUUUCACCCAGGGGCAGGGGGCUCUGCUGGACCCUGCUCAGAGAGCCCUCUACAGGGACGUCAUGCAGGAGAAUUACGAGAUGGUGACCUCGCUGGGAUUCCUCAUUCCCAAACCAGACCUGAUCGCCCGGCUGGAACGAGGGGAAGAGCCAUGGGUCCUGGAUCUCCAGGCUGAUGAAGAAAGGGAGAGCCCAAGAGGCUCCUGCACAGGUGAUAGGACAGUGAGUGAGAACAAGGAGGAGAAUCAGCAGGAGGAAGUUCCUGGGAAAGUGGAAUUGCAAGAGUUGGUUUUGAGAAGAGCUGAAGGGAAUUUUUCCCAGUGCUUGGAACAGGGAAAUGCCUGGGGAGAUGGACACAGAUCAGAGAUGCAGCUGGGAAACUAUCCCAGGAAGAAACUGGAUGAAUCUAUUGAACGUGGCAGAGGAUGCAAGGAUCCCAAGGAAACCACAGUACAGCAGACAAGUCACAAUGAAGAGAAACCUUACAAAUGCCUUGACUGUGGGAAAAGUUUCCGUUUCAGUGCAAGCCUUAUUAAACAUUGGAGAACCCACACAGGAGAGAAGUCCUAUAAAUGCUUAGAGUGUGGGAAAAGUUUCAGUGAGAAGUCAAACUUUAUUAUGCACCAGAGACUGCACAUAGGAGAGAAACCCUAUAAAUGCCCGGAGUGCGGAAAAAGAUUUAGUCAGAAGUCAUCGCUUAUGGCACAUUACAGAUCCCACACAGGAGAGAAGCCCUAUAAAUGUGUAGACUGUGGGAAAAGCUUCAGUAAGAAGCCAUGUCUUCUUAUACACCAGAGACUGCACACAGGAGAGAGACCAUAUAAAUGCCUUGAGUGUGGGAAAAGUUUUAGUCAGAAUUCACACCUUACUGCACAUCAGACACUGCACACAGGAGAGAGACCCUAUAGAUGCCGUGAGUGUGGGAAAAGUUUUAGCAAAAGUUCAUCCCUUAUUCAACAUGGGAGAAUCCACACUGGAGAAAGGCCAUAUAAAUGCCUUGAGUGUGGGAAAGGUUUUAUCGAAAGUUCAUCGCUUACUAAACAUGGGAGAAUCCACACAGGAGAAAGACCUUAUAAAUGCCUUGAGUGUGGGAAAAUUUUCAAUGCGGGAUCGGACCUUAUUAAACAUGAGAGAACCCACACUGGAGAGAAACCAUAUAAAUGCUUGGACUGUGGGAAAACUUUUGGUCAGAGCUCACACCUUAGUAAACAUAGGAGAAUCCACACAGGAGAGAGACCAUAUAAAUGCUUUGAGUGUGGGAAAAAUUUCAUUCACCAUUCAGUCCUUAUUAAGCAUCAGAGAAUCCACACAGGUGACAAACCCUAUAAAUGCCUCGACUGUGGGAAAAGUUUUGUUGACAGAACAAAACUUACUAGACAUCAGGCAAUCCACACAGGAGAGAGACCCCAUAAAUGCUUGGACUGUGGGAAAAGCUUCAUUCAGAAGUCACAACUUACUAUACACCAGAGAGUUCACACAGGAGAUAGACCCUUUAAAUGCCUUGAUUGUGGGAAAAGUUUUAUUCAUAACUCAAAGCUUACUACACAUCAGAGAACCCACACAGGAGAGAGACCUUAUAAAUGCCUGGAGUGUGGGAAAACUUUUAUUCAUAACUCAAAGCUUACUACACAUCAGAGAACCCACACAGGAGAGAGACCCUAUGGAUGCCUUGUGUGUGGGAAAAGGUUUAUGGAAAGUUCAUCCCUUAUUAAACAUGGGCGAAUCCACACGGGAGAAAGACCCUACAAAUGCCUCGAGUGUGGGAAAAGAUUUAUGGAAAGUUCAUCCCUUAUUAAACAUGGGCGAAUCCACACGGGAGAAAGACCCUAUAAAUGUCUUGAGUGUGGGAAAAGUUUCCGUUUGAAAUCAACCCUUAAUACACAUCACAAAUCUCACACAGGAGAGAAACCCCAUAAAUGCCUGGAGUGUGGAAAAACUUUCAGUCGGCGCUCACAGCUUACUCAACAUGGGAGAAUCCACACAGGAGAGAGACCUUAUAAAUGCCUUGACUGUGGGGAAAGCUUCAAUAAGAGCUCAGAGCUCACCAAACAUCAGAAAAUCCACAAGGGUUAG